AUGACAGCAUUCUUCGUUCUUCUAUUGUCUUUCAUUGGACUGGGUCUUGCAAUUCCUGAUCCGUUCGUCUAUCAACAUCGACCGUUCGACAAUGUAACCAUCUUUAAUCCUCCAAGAAACUGGACCAGCCAUCGCACAAGCUACGCCCGAACUGUCCUACUCGAACAUAACGGCGACAAAGACGACACAUUGCUUGCUAGUUGGUCAUUGUCACCACCCGGUCGCGUGUAUGCUCCAAUAUAUCAAUCCAAAGAUGGCGGCUACUCCUGGAAAGAAUUAUCAAAAGUCUACUUUUCGGCUGCAGCUGAUGUGGGGUCAAUCAUCUUGCAAGUUUUCCUUUACGAGCUUCCGCAGAAGUUUGGCGGCUACCCAGCUGGAACUGUACUCUUGACUGCGAAUGCUAUCCCAGCUGAUUUUUCAUCCACCAAUAUUCAGCUUUAUGCUAGCACUGAUAAAGGACGUUCAUUCGAAUUCGUCUCAGAUGUCGCAGUUGGCGGCGGACCGAACACAACCAAUGGAGCAACGCCAGUAUGGGAACCUAUGAUCCUUAUGCAUGAAGGAGAACUGGGCGUCUUCUAUUCCGACUCACGAGAUCCCAAACACGGUCAAAAGCUCGCUCAUCAAACAACCUUUGAUCUCAAGAACUGGGGCGAAGUAGUAAACGACGCAGCGGAAACAAACUACACGCUUCGACCAGGCAUGACAACCAUCGCAAAAAUGGGGAACGGAAAAUACAUAUUUUCCUACGAACUUGCUUUCGCACAAGAAGACCCAAUCAACGCUGAAUACGCAGUCCAUUACCGCAUAGCAGAUAGCCCCUUCGAGUUCGACACCGCAGAGGAAAUCCUCCUCGAAGCUACCGACGGCACGAUCUCCAGCGCCGGGCCACAAACUAUUUGGACGCCUGCUGGAGGACCGAAUGGCACUAUCAUCACAAGUGAUAGCGAGUAUUCGGACUUCUUUAUCAAUCGCGCAUAUGGUCAUCCAGGGGCAUGGAUUAGGGUUCCAAGUGGGAAGGGAGUUGGGUAUACGCGGGAUUUGAGGAUUAUGCCGCAUACGAAGGGGAAGGUGAUCCUGGUUACCAACGGGGGGAUGUAUGGGAGGAGUGAGACUAUUGUGAGUUGUGCAAAUUGGAUUGUUCCUGAUGCGAAGUAA